AUGUUUGAAACAUCCUGUGCCAAGGCUAAGGUAACAAAGUCCAUGUUGAAUCUAGAAACAGUCGAACCAAAUACUGACAAGCUAUUGGUUGACAAAGUUUUUACCUCCGUACCAUGUGAGUUUGACCAGAUUGUUAAGUUGGGUUUGGAUGAAAAGAAACUAAUGGAAACCUUAGUGUUUGUAACACCUGAGCAAGCCAAAGACAUCUGCUUAAAAACUAUACACCAAAGUUCCAGUGCACAUAGUAUGUUGAGGGAUCAGUUCGUAUAACUGCAUCUGUAUUCGGGAAGGUGAUGAGUAGGCGAAAGACAGUUGAAUCAAAUUCGAUUGUAAGAACUACCACUGAGAAAACUAAAUGCCACAGUUCUCGUAGCCAGUUUCUCUACAAUGGGGUAUUGAGAAUGAGUCCAAUGCUGUAGAAAAAUACGAACACUUGAAAAAAUUUGGAAGUGAAAAGCUGUGGUCUAGUGGUAAUUCCAAGAUGGCCAUGGCUUGGCUGCAUUCCUGAUAGCGUUGUUGUGGAAGGUGGUACGGUUAGUUUUAUGUGUCGAGAGAUGAGAGAUAAAGUGUCCAUACUCAAUGAAGGACAUGACAGUACUUGAUGCUGUCAAUGGAGAUAAAUGCUUGUUUUUUAAAAAGAUUACCUCUGGCCUCAAGCUGAAGGACAAACAUGAAUAUUUCUACCAGUGCCAAGGGACAAUGAACCUUUUAAGACUGCCGUAGCUUGAUUUUGUCAUUUAUACUAACACUGACAUUCAUGUCCAAAGAUUGCAUCGAGACAUUAGUCUCUGGAAGAAGAAAAUGGUACCAGAGCUAACAGAUUUUUAUUGCUCAUUUGUUCUUCCUAUUUUAGCACUACUAAUAAUGUAUGAUACUGUAAAAUGGGGUGAAUUGGAACAAGUGUGAAUGAACUGAAACAGGGACAAUUGCUCCAAUUCACCAUUGUCCCAAGUCAUUCCCCUUUCCAAACAUUCAAAGAGAGAAGGGGAUUCAACUCCCAUUUCUCUUUGGAUGAGGUGGGAAUGUUUUCUGACAUUAUGGACAAUUGCUUAGCAUAUAAACAGCAUUUAAACUGAAUGAAGAUACUGAAAACCACUCCAACAAUUCCUGUCUUUGUGUUCAUUAGUGUCUUUUAUGUAUGCUUUAUUGUCGAUAUGAACUUGGUUUUCACUAAAAUGGGUCAUUCCAGAAAACAUCCAUACCUCGCCCACCGAGGAAAUUGGAAGUUAACCUCCCUAAUGAUAGUAAGUGUAUUAGGACAUCCGAAGGGGGUAUCAGAAAUAAUUGUUUUCUACCCUCCGAAGGGCAGAAAUUUCCUUAGUGAGGGGAGUGUGGAUCUUUUCUGGAAUGACGCAAUGUUACAAACCUCGCAAAUAUGUUGCAAAGUUCAUAAUGAAAUUUACAAAUUGGUUUGUAAACAAAGCCGCUGAUUGGCAACUAAAUCAAACCGGCCAAUCAAUUGCGCAGUUUAAAAGCCGAUUUGUAACUUUUCAUCAGCUUUUGAACUUUGCAAAGAAUUUGCAAAAUUCGGAACAUUUUAGUGAAAACUAAGUUGAAAUCGACAAUAAUUCUUGUUCAAAUCAAUUACAUACAUACAUUCAUCCAUUUUUCAAUUCACUCAAUUAGGGCUUUUUUGUAAUCGAUUACAUCAAGUAUUAACACUAUUAUUCUGGAUUAUUUAUUAAAGGUGGAAAAAAGUUUGUCAAAUAUGAACAAACAACCCAGAUCUUAUUUAGAUCUGAACUUAAUGUUAUGGAAUAUAUAGUUUUUAAGAUUUUAAAAGUUUUUAUCCGUGAAAUUGCACGUUCAACAUGAACCCUAACAAAGGCAAUUCGGCGAGUUUCAGUUUCUUCAUCAAUGACAAAUGGUGCUUUUCUCUUAGAAAUGGAGGGAUAUUGAGAGAAACACCCAGCGUCAUAUCACCUUCUAUCUCAAAGCCUUUAUCAGCCAUGACAGAGUUCUUACAAAUUUAGAAUUCCACAAUUCAAUGUUAUUUGUUUGUCACUGCUUCGCCCAGCAUAAUGUUUUGAUACAAAUGAUACAGCUCCAGAAGGACUAAUAGACCUUUCCCCUUAUAACCAAAAAAGUUUGAUCUAGGCAAGUAUAGACAAGUUUCAUCACAGCUUGAAAGAGCAUCACAAAAUUAGUAAUAUUCCAAAGUUUCGUUGCGAAAUGUUGUAAAAUGAGGAAAAUAAAGCCUUGCGAAGUUUGCAAUUUUCAGUCAUUUUGCAUUACAAACGGGAAAUUGCAGCCCCAACACCCGAAUCGGAUGUCAAUUUCCCGUUUGUAAUACAAAAUGACUGAAAAACGGCAAACUUCGCAAGGCUAUAUUAUCCGCAUUUUACAAGAUUUUUCAACAAAACUUUGGAAUAAAACUAAUUUUGUGAUGCUCUUUCAAGCUGUGAUGAAAUUUUUGUCUAGAUCAAAAUUUUAGUUAUAAGGGGAAAGAUCCAUUCCAACCAGUCCUUUUGCAGUAUAAUGGUGUUUAUAUUUAGAAUAUGUAGCACAUUGGCUUCUGAAAGAGCUUACAGAUACGUGUUUCUGGAAAUAUUUCAGUGCAAUCAAUAAUUACUCGGGUUGAUGGGUACAUUUCUUUGAAUGCUGUCGGCAUGUUUCGGUCAAUAGAAGAUCUUAAUGGCCAUAUAGGGAUACUCCGACAACCGAGAGGGCAAAAAAUCCAACCAUCUGAUAUUUAUUCUCGACAUGUAUGUCUGAGAAAUUCCAGCCCUUAUAGCCAGGACCUCUUCCAGUAGACGAAGGCGAACCAAUACCAAGAAAAAUUCUUGCUCAGGUGAGAAUGAUCUUUUAGGAUCAAAUUUCAUUGCAUCACUGGAUGUAAGAUUGUCAGGAUUUGUAUUGCUGCCAUAAUAAAUAAGAUGGUUUACUGCUUUUCCAAAGCUGCCAAACCGUGCUUUAAAAGUGGAAUAAUCCUGAAGUCCUGAAUAAAACCUGAUCAGUCUGUCAUCAUGUUUAAAAUUUUCAACAGAGAAAGACAUUUAUCACUUAUUUACUGAGACCGAGGGAAACAGUGUGUUUUGUGUACCCGAGACCGUCGAUGUUUCCCGAGGCGAACCGAGGGAAACAUCGACGGUCGUGGGUCCACAAAACACACUGCUUUCCCGAGGUCUCAGUAAAUAAGUGUUUUAUUAUAUAUCAAUAGUCAAAGAAACAACAAAUUAAAGAACAAAUGAACGUAAAUACAUGAAAUAUUUUAUUGUUAAAACGUUAAAUUAAACACUGGCUACACUUAGUCUAGGACCUGUAUAUGAGUUUGUAUGCAUUUCAUUUAGGACAGAUAAUCUCAACUGUUUUAGGGUAAGUUGACCAUGACGGUCAACAUGGUAACGCUGCCCGAACCCCAAUCCGGGGCGAAACGUCCGAAACUGACCACACCCAAAAACGACGCUUUCGCCAUACUGCUAUCUACCAAACCAUAAAAGCUUUGGCUAUUCUGAGGUGCUUAUAUGGUUCAGAGAUGGUACUUUUGGGGGUGGUCAUUGGUAAGUGUGAAAUGCCUAGCACUAAUAUUUCACAAGAAAAUGGCCAUGCAAUAAUCAUAGUUAAAGGUCAAUUUGUGGCUUGCAAAUUCAGAUAAACAGCAGUGGACUUACAUUACCUUUUUCCCUAAAUCUUUUUGAUAGAAACAUAAAUGGUACUUAUUUAAAUAUAUUAUCACUGGUUUGGUGUAAAAUAGUUAAUAUUUUCUGACCGAAAUAAUAAUUCGAAAUGUGCCUACCUCCUGCAAAUGGACGCAUUUGGCCAAGUUCUCCACUUUACUCCGCUGUUUAUCGGCGAUCUUGUCGACAUCCUACAAAAAAUGUAAAUCAUCUCAGACAUAAUGGUAUCAAGAACAUUUUAAACAAGUUUCAACUUGGUUUCAAGUAGAUCAUACCUGUUUAACCAUCGACAAGGUAAAUCCACAACUUUGUCCAAAUUCGGCGCCAUUUUGUCAUCCCAUGUCGCUUGUUAACAAUUCAGCCUUGUUACUCUUCCAUCCAAGCCAUUUCCAUUCCACUAAUAAUACAUUUAACCCUUUAUAACAGGAGGAAACUAAAAAUCUAAACAAAAUACAAGAAAUACGCCAUUUUAUCACCCUGUAAAAUGUUGUUUACGAGUCCUUCGAAACAUUUCGUACAAAUCUCGUGUGGUUUAGCAACAGGGACGUGACAGGGGGGUAGAGACUUUAAAAAUGAAAGGACUGCCCACAUAUUAUGGUAAAACCAACAAUCAACAUUUAAUUUGUAUGACUUUUUCAUAUUAAUAAAUAAUAAUAUGUAUAUAUUUGUCGCUACAAGAAAUAAAACAAACAUUUGUAUGAUUGUAUUUAGCUUUUAGUCUAUUUCACGCAGCCUUCUUCUAUCUUCGUGAAAUAAUUCACCCCCCUCCUGUCACGUCCCUGUUACUUUGUCACGCGAUAUUUGUACGGAAUGUUUUGAAAGACUCGUGAGCAAAAUUUUACAUGGUGAUAAAAUGGCGUAUUUCCUAUAUUUUGUUUAGAUUUUUUAGUUUCCUCCUAUUAUAAAGGGUUAAAUUUAUUAUUAGUGGAAUGAAAAUGGCUUGGUUUGGUAGAUAGCAGUAUGGCGAAAGCGUCGUUUUUGGGUGUGGUCAGUUUUGGACGUUUCGCCCCGGAUUGGAGUUAGCAGCGUUACCAUGUUGACCGUCAUGGUCAACUUAGUACCCUAAAACAGUUGAGAUUAUCUGUCCUAAAUGAAAUGCAUACAAACUCAUAUACAGGUCCUAGACUAAUAGAUAAUUCGUGAAAUCUGUCUUAUUUCCAAAAUUCAAACCUUUCCUCAGUAGACAAGGCAGUUAAUACAUUGCCUCUUCUUUUAUUCUUAUCCUUGGAUUAUCCCUGUAAUUCAACAUCUUGUUAUUCAAAAGCUUUGUGAUUUUAUAUGCUACUUCAUUAGCUAUUAAGAUACCUAAAGUCUUUGACAAAACGUUGCAAGUGAUUCUGAUCUAAACUGUUUCAUUUUGUGAUGGCUCUUUGACGUACAUUAUGAUGGACUUUGAUAUUUAUAAUAAUGAGGCAGCUGUGUUUGUUCAUAUUAAAACUAUUUUAUAUUAAUCCUGAGAAGGUAAGUCUAAAUAAAUUAAGUUCACAGGGGCUACAGUUGUUAGUGUAUUACAUUUUCACUUCAAGUCUGUGACUAGACUUCGAUUCCUGCAAUAUGCACCAGUGUGUAAUUGUAAUUUUUCUUCUGUAUCAUAAAGAAUGCUCGCAAAGUAUUUGUGUGAGAAACUUUUUUUGUUUCAUUAAAAAGUACGUCAUUGUCAACACAGUUUCCAAAUUGUUAAACUUGUAUACUGAUGCAAUUAAUACAAAACAAAACAUGCGUUCAUAAAAUCUUAAGGCCCUGUCACACUAUUGCUCAUCGUACUAGCGUAUGGCAGUGGUGUAGUCCUCAUAGAUAUCUUAUAUACACUAGAUAGCGCAUCUCUUUUAGUAAAAUUGAAGCCAAGAAUAUUCCAGCGGUUACCCCCAUUUGAAUAGAUGGCGGCCAUGUUGGUCGUUCCCACUUGCUAAUAAAUGCUUAAAAACAACAAUAACUUUCAUCAUUUGAAUAGUUUAAAAACGUAUUUGGAAUAGGGUUAACCACUGUGUUAACUUAAUGUUUAAGUUCCCUGUUUAAGAAAUAGAAAACAUACGAAUUUUCUCAUUUCAUGGGAGCGACCUGAGACUGCAAUCACGGCUUCAAUUUUUGAAGUGCAGAAUAAGAUGCACUAUCUAGUGUAUAUAAGAUAUCCAUGGUAGUCCUGGAAUGUUAACAAGGGGGGCUCUCAAAAAGUGUCACGAAUUGGCGGGUGGCUACAAUAUGUUAUUUUGGAAAUUCUGAAUUUGGUUCGGGUUUAUUCUAGUAAUUGCGGGACAAACAUUCAAAAUUAUUCUCAUUAAAAACAAUUGCCGUGAUAUAAAAUAUUUUGAGCGUCACAAAAGGAUAUGGAAUCCAAGGCUUCUGUAGAUGUUAAGGCCCUGUCACACAAUUGCGUAUCGUACUAGCGUAUGCCAGCGUAUGAAAAAUAUCACUCAUACGCCGAUACACGCUGACAUACGCUAGGGUUACGUUAGGCAUAGGUUGUAAACGUUUCAAGUACGGCAUACGGCGAGGCAGAACUAUUUUGUGCGUAUCGGACGUAUGCUUUAUACGAUAAACUUACUCUAGGCACACGAUCGGUACUUCAACAGCCAAUUUGCUACGGCGCAUGAACAAUGCGAUUAAGUAAAGAUUACAAAAAUCAUUAUCGUGUUAAAUGAUGACUGAAAACGAGAUCCAAUUAUAAAGAACUAUCUCGUUGGUUGUUAAGAUUAUGCAAUGUGCAAAAAAUAUAGGGAUGGGAUCAGGCCAUUCCCCAAGUCAUCAUAAAAUUCUAACAAGGAGGGCUCAGUUGCUUUAACCCCCCCCCCCCCCCUACACCACUGCGGCGUAUGCAUCUGGCGUAUGAAAAAUAUCACUUGAUACGCCGAUAUACGCCGAUAUACGCUAGGAGUACCUUAGGCAUAAGGUUGUAUAUACGUUUCAAGCACGGUGGAAUACGCUGGCAUACGGGGAGGCUGAAAAUAUUUUUUAAGCAUGCUCAGAAGGCCUAGAGGUGCGCCAGAUGUGUGGUACGCAUAUACGCUGGCAUUUCAAAGGAUUUUUGUGCGUAUGAAAAUUAUUUCAUUAAUUUUGAUACGCUUCUCAUACGUUUCUCUCUUACGCAAUAGUGUGACAGAGCCUUUUGUAGGAGUCAGAUAAUAUUUGAGUUUAUAUGCAUGGAGGUCUGAUUUUUCAAGUGACGUUUCUACUUUUUUAGACAAAAUGCGUUUUUUUUUAAUUGUUCUUAAAAAUAGGUCUUACUUCUUUGUUUGCAGAGGAAUGUCUUCAAUACUACGAUUCAAAGUCAGACGGUUUCCGUCAUGUCUCGGUUUUUAGCAAUAAAGAGGACUGUGAAAAUAAUAAUGGCUUUUGGGUUUCAUUCAGCAACUAUUUAGAAAAAAUCCCCAAGUAUCAAACGGAACAAGCAUGUAAAGCUGCAAGUUCUAGACAACGUCGACUUAUUUGGGCCAUUCCUUACCGCUCUGAAGAUAUUGAUAAAUUGAAAAUGACUGGUGAUAAUUUGGAAUCACUAAAACGUUGUUUGGUCGCACUUGAUUCACCAGAAUGCACCAAAGCUCCAUAUACAAGAUCAAACCAUUUAGGAAAUGCCGAUGGUGUUGUUCCACUGCGUUACGAUUGGGCCAUUCCACAUUUCCCGUCUGGUCAUCCACAAAGAUGCGUCAUACGAAUAAGGUUAGUUAUAUGGUUGAAAUAAUUCUUUCUGCAUCCAUCGCCAACGCUAUAUAUAAUCAAUUUAUAAAGACGUUGGUUCUUUUUUUUAUCCUGUUACACCUUCGUCUCUUUACGAAGGUCCAUGUCAUUUUGCGAUAAAAUUUAAGAAUCGAAAGACACUUCUAGUUGAAGUUUUAAUAAAUGCCAGCUGAAUGUAUUUCAUAUCAUGGAAAUGACUUUAAAAUCACUUUGCACUGUUUGAAUUCUGCUGGUUAGAAUACAAAGUAUAAUUUUAUAUAUUUUAGUAGCAAGUAAAUAUAUUGUUACAGUAGCCUGUAGUAUUAAUUAAUUCAAGAGUUAAACAAAAUGUUGUGAAGAUAUUAGUCUAUUAGCCGUGAUUAUGGCGUAAUUAUGUGAAAGAAAAAAAUGGAUUAAGUUUUGGUUGAAUUUUGAUAAAAUUAGUUGUCUUCAGAAGCGUUCAAAGGUCCGUCUUGCUUUUGCGGGUCUGAAAGCGUAAUUACGUAAUUAUAUAAUUUUGCGCAUGCAUACUAGAUUUUUCGCUUGUGCAUGGAAAUGUCGGUAAUCGAUAUUUUACAUCAACAAUAAACGUUUUUAUAUAGAUCAAUGUAGGUCAAUGUUCAUUAAUUCAAUAUGUACUAUUUACAACAUGAGCGGCGGCCGUGUUGUAUCGGAUAUCGAUAUGCAUGCAAACUCGAGCCGAAGGCGAGAGUUUGUGUAUCGGAUACAACAUGCACGGACGAGAAAAGUGUUGAUGAGAAUAAUCGUAUAUUUUUCAACAAUUUAAAAUAAACAAGACGCCUACUCAGGCGUUCACUCCGGGUACAGGGCCUUAACUAAGCGCAAAGCUACUUUAACGUAUGCUUAUAUACGGCAAUGAAGGUAUCUUUAAUGCAUGAUAUUUAGCAUAUUAAAGUUGGAAAAGUGGGAGAACUACAGUGUAACCACUUCACCAGGUGACUAAAAACAUAUGCAACGAUCAUAAUAUUUUACAACAUAAAAAUAUCUCUUUUAUCUCUAAUAAAAGCUAUCUAGUUCUUUAUUAAAAGUUCUAUUUAAAACAUGCGUAGGAGUGUUUUAUCGAGUCGUAUAUAAUAAGUCGGAGGCCGUAUUUUACAAAUAUUUUAUGGGGUUUUUUUAUUGUCGAGGGUAGAAAUUCGAGGGUGAAAAGCUUGAGGGUAUACAUUUUAAUAAUUUAACAAAAUAAUAAUUUUAGCUCGUGUUCAUUUAGUUUACUUUUAAUUUUUAGCUCUUAUUUUUAUAUGCAAUUAUUAUUUUUUUUAUAUGCGAUUACUUUUUAUAUGAUAAAAUAUUACUACAUGAAAACAGACAUGCCGAUCAAAAGCUACAGUCGAGAUAGUUUCAAACGGCGUGGUGCAUUAUCUGCGUUAUCUCGGAUUGCAUGUCGCAAAUUAUUGUAUUGUCUAUUCACUAUAUGGUCUAUUGAAUCAGAGUAAUCAGGACUUGUUUACACCUUGCCAUUGCCAUACGCCUUUUCCGGGUUCGCGACGCCAUCUUGAAAGUAUUGUUUUCGCUAUCGUGCUUGCCCCACUUGCAAAUUUAUCUAUAGGGAAUGCCCGCAAAUUUCUACCCUCGACAAUAAAAACCAUAAAAUAUUUUAGAAAUACGACCCCGGACUUUUUACUGAUGACCCUCGACUUUUUUAUAUGACCCUCGACGUUUUAUAUAUGAUUUUUCGACCCUCGCUUCCCGCCCUCGACCCUCGAGAAAAACUCCUGAAACUGAAUUACGUAAACAAACCACAUUUAUCAAACACGCAAAGAAAAUUAUUUAAAAAGUAAUAUAUUGUUAGUCGUGUCAUAUAAGUUAAUUGUCAACACUUUUUCAAUGCAUGGUAGUAAGUUCAUAACUGGCACCAUAACUCAUAAUUAACUAGUGUUAUGUUGAUAUUUUGUUUAUACAGAUUGAUUGUUUUAAUUUGUAAGGCUUCGCUGUAAGUUUGUUAUUAUCAAACGUUUAGAUUGUUUUAAGCAUUUUAGUAAUGAUCAGUGCUUCCACUUUGGCAAAGCAAAAUUUCUCGUUUUUGUCCUUUUUUUUCGCAAAAUUUCCUUCCCAAAAUCCUAAAUUUCCUUCCAUUUUUCCUUCCAAUCUCAGUUUAAAAUAGUAUAGUAAAUUUUGUAUUGUACUUUAUUCCUAUGUAAAUUGAAGGUGUACUGCAGUAUUUAAAUAGUGAAACUCUAAUAUAACCUGAAACAACAUGUUCUUGUCUCAUUUUUUAUCUGUUUUCUCGAACGACAUAGUACUUAAUAAACGACUUUUUUAUGAAUUUGCUUUUGGACCAGAUACUAUUCCUGCACGCUUUCUAUUCCGUUUGCAUUUGAAAACUCCUUGAAGCUUCAUCUUUUGAUGAGCCUGACUAGAUGUCGACUCAAUGACUAAAUAUGAAUUUUAGAAAUUACAGUUUCCCUUUUUCCGACUGUUUGUUUUUAAUUUUGGAUUAUAAAAAUUAAAAACCAGCGAAAAAUUUAUGUACAAGUACUCUACUCAUUCACAGAAGACCUGUUAAGUCCCAAAUUACCCCCAUUCAUCCUUGAUGGUUAUGUAAAUAUCCAAAGUAUUAAAUGUUUUUAUAAGUCAUAAAUGUUUUUGAACUCAAAAAUUCAUAAUAAAGUGUUUAACCAUUAUUAAAUUACUAGAAGUUACUGAAAAAGUUUAAAUUGUCAAAUUUCCUUCCCUUUUCCUUCAAAAUGGCCGAAUUUUCUUCCAAUUUCCUUCCAAAUCUUAUUUCCUUUUAUUUUUCCUUCCAAAUGCGAAAAUAUCCUUUUGGAAGGAAAUUUCCUUCCGAGUGGAAGCUCUGGUAAUGAUUUUACUUUAAGACCAAGACAUUGCAGCCGUCGAGACCGAUUUUUAAUACUCUAUAAGUAAAACAUUAAACUGUGUAAUAGACGUAAUAGUGUUGGGUAAAGCUAUCUAGUUAAAUAUAUUUUAUAUGCGCUUUUGUCUAAUUCAAGCGUGGUAGACAUAUUGCCAAUAUUGUUGUGGUUUGCGAUAUAAAUUGCCUUGCGAAUCGAAGACUUUCAGAUAUGUCAUAUGUCUAAAUGUUGAAUAGAUUUGUGCGUUGUUUGUACUUCAAUUUUGGCCACGAGGCACAAAGGGAGACUUAAAGAAGACGAGUGUUAAUACAAUUUAACUACGUAUAGUGUUGACACAAUUAAAAAAUACAGGCUAACGUCAGUGACGAACCAAGCCAUUUGUCGAUCAAAACUAGCUUUGCAAUAACGGCAAGCGCUACUAAACACGCGAUAAAGUCUCGAAUUUCGAUUUGUAUUUAUAUGAACUGUGGUCACUGUAUAAAAACGAGUGUAUCAGAACCCUUCAUUUGAUAAUAUUUACUGUAAAUAGAACUAAAUACAUUGUAAACACAACGCUCGCUCCGACCUGACUACGAAUGGCGGCUAUUUUUAGAUAUUUCGUAUUUUUGUAGUGCGUUGCGUGCGCUGCGUACGCUGCAUCUGUGGAAGUGCACACUUGUGUCGCCUAAGAAAAAAGAUCUGACAUUUUAAUACUCCUACUUACAGUACCCGGAGUAAUUAAUGAUAUUUGGUGAGAAAUAUUGAAAUUAAAGUUUAUAUAAAUCUGCAUGAUUUUAUAACAGAUAUACAAACUCCUUCACGGUCAUUUUAUUAAUUUAUACAGACCUAAUAAUACAGACCUGUAUAAUAAUAAUAAUAAUAAUAAUAAUAAUAAUAAUAAUAAUAAUAAUAAUAAUAAUAAUAAUAAUAAUAAUAAUAAUAAUAAUAAUAAUAAUAAUAAUAAUAACCAAAGUAGAAUAUUUUUUGUUCGCUUUUUACGCAGGAGUACUAAUUAUAUGUGUAUAUUGAAUAAUAAAUCGUAUAAAAGACAUCGCAUUGCAGUUGCUUGUCGCUUUCCUGCUCUGGUUCCCAACGAAUUUACAAAGAAAAAACUAACGUAAUCUACAAUGUUUUCCACACGACCGAAGAAACAACUGGACAGCAAGCGUUUGCGAAACUCGCUACGUGUAAACCUGUUGAAAUGGGUAAGUUCAAGCAAAUAUUGUUUGAAGAAUGUUGAUUAUUAUGGGCAUGUUCAAUCAGUAACGAGAAUUGACAAUCACGCUACGUUUAUCGACACUGUGAUGUCUUCUAUUCCAUUAUAACGUAGUUCAAACACUUACUAAGCGUUUAUCUGCAGCUAGAACUGUUCAUUGUAGUGCAUUAACAAUUUGUUAUUCUGGCGACCGUUUCGCAUGUUCUCAACUAAUUAUCUCACAUUUCCUUAACAGCUCAAUCAUGAUACACAUGGUCUUGCUUGUCGCGCCAUCUGGAGAGUGUCAGAAGAAGACAGGGAGUUGGCAAAAAAUCAGAUUUGUUCAAAGAGAUUACAACUCGACGACCAAAUUAUUGCCAUGGAUGGGGUCCAAUUUUUCAUAUCGUGCAUAACGAUGGUUCAAACAAACGCCAGGCGACCAAAGUCGGACGAGGACGACGAGGACGAUGAGCCUGCCAGUCGUGGUCCAACAAUUUUUCCAGGUGUGGCAUACUUCGUUGUUUUCCGCGAGACAUCAAAGUGCACGAAGGAGACAAUAUUCGCCGCACUUCACGAUGCCGAUAUGGAACCAACAAUAACCGAAAUCAAGACACGCAAUACCACAGGUUUGACACAGGUUGAAACAGCAGUGUGCCAGAUCGCUCAGGUUGUUAAAGACCACAACAACACCGGAACGAAAAACAUGGUGAUUGCAUCCAACAUCUUUUGCCGUUCGGUAUGUCGUGCAAGAGAAAUAGAGGACGAGGACGAAAACAUCAAUCGACGAAAUACGAACGUCCAAAUACCUUGUCGGCUUGUUGUCGUUCAACAAGAUUCCUAUGGUGGACCACUCAGUGAGGCUCACGCUGCACUAACUUCAGACGGGUUGGAGUGCGAGUUAGAAAUCAUCUCGAGGCCAACACAAAGCAACAAAUUGAUAACGGCACCGAGCGACAUAACGGCCACAAUACGUGAGAUUGAAUUCGUAAUGAUGCGGUGCCAUCAUGCACUCCAUCGUGGAUUCCUGUACGGCAAACCAAUGGAAGCAACGUUGACGUACGUCAAAAUGAUGGACGUUAAAACAUACGUCAAUAAAUUACUUACAAACGAUGCGUUACGAGAGAAGAUCAUCAAGCACAUGUCUCGCAUCGUACAACUGCUAUCGCAUCCCGGUUGCGAAAUCAUCAGCCAAAUCGAAUUCGAUCCCGAUUACAUCGAAGUUAGUGGCGGACAGUUUUUUCAAAUCUCGGCGCGCUCGUUUACGGAAUGCCCACCACGGAUGCCUUUGGGGAAAAUUUCGCCUCGUACGUAUAUUCCAUACGACAGCACAACGCCACCACAGCCGCUGUAUUUUAAGAACGGCAUAGUCAAUUCGUUUCCAGAUCUGGACGUACGGACCGCGUUUCUCAAUAAAUUCUAUCAAUGUUUUGUUGGUCGUCGCAUGCCUCAAAAAAUUCGAAAAUUAGUUGUGUCAGGACCGAAGGACUCGGGGAAAACGUCAUGGGCGUGCGUUCUGCACAGAAUCGUUCCCUCCGAACGAGUUGCCUCCAUAACGAGCGAGAAGCAAUUCUCGGCGUCGAUGAUAAAUGACUCGACGGAACUUGUUGUAAUCGACGACUGGUCUUCGUACACGAUGCAAUCCGACCUAGCUAAAACGCUUCUGCAGGGUGGAUGGUUGGUCUCGGCCGUCAAACAUGAACAGCCUAAGUGCGUCUGGAACAAUAGUCCGUUCUAUAUAACGACGAACACUGUUCCCGACUUCGGGAAAGAAAUGGAAAACGUCGAACGACGAAUUUCUGUUUACGAAACUCAAUCGUUGCCGAGGACAACCGCAGGAAUCGACAAAUGGAUCUAUGAACACGCAAUGGACUGCUUGGUUUGGACCGCAAACCAGAUAACGGCCAACAUCGAUCAUGUACCACGCCAGGAACGCUGGUACGAGAACAGCGACGGCGAAGCAGCGGUCAUAGAUGAUAACAACAUAGCACGGUAAGCACUUAACAUUAUUCGCUGCAUUGCUCCGUUCAAAAACAAACUAUGGUGCUUCCCAUAUGCGUCACGGUUAACUAGAUGAUAGAGUAAUCUGAUUAAUUAUAAAAACAUUUCCCUUCAUUAUUAGAUCCCUUUUCGACUCAAAGAUUGUAAAAAACAUCGGUUAUCAAGAUCUGAGAGAAAUGGAAGUAGAACCAAACGUGUCGAGGUCGAGCCCAGCAGACUCCUGCGCAGUCCAUCGUUCUUUUGUACGAGAUGAAGAGCAUGAACAAAUUGCAGUGCUGAGAGACCUCCGCCGAAGCUUCCGGUUGCCAUCAUCUUCAUCAGAGUUGUCGGACGAGGAGAAUAAUCGCUGUCAUUUGAAAUCAUGUAAGCCUCCAACACAUGACGAGGCAGAGCCGUCCCAGCAAUAUCAAAAGACACAAGCAGAAGAAGAGGAGGAGGAAGAACAAGAUUCAUCUCCUGAAGAUGUUUUCCAAAUAAUUUCGACACAGACGGGUUGGGUUAUGAAUGACAACAAGUACAUGUACAAAGUAUACGAGCACAUUAGAUGGCGGUAAGCAGGAAUCUUGCAUACGUGUUCACGUUACUUCAAAUUUUUUAUGUAAAUUUUAUUUGACUUUUAGCAAGGAUUUUAAAUAACUAAACGUUCUUUAAAAGCACGCGCUUGCUUCUCUUUUUUUAAACAAAAAAGGCCACAUGUUCUAUUGUACCUAGCCCCAUUUUCUACAGAUGUCUUCAAAUAGCCUCACUAUUUUCUCACUGCAACAUUCACGCAUUUAGGUCAAUCUUAGUUUUUCUGCCCACGAUCUCGCUAUAGUCAGACUGCUUUGUUUGCCCUGCCAAAAUAACAGUGAACAACAUCUUAAAUGUUAAUGUUUUUAUUAGAUUUCCUGCAGAACAACUACCUCAGCAGCCCACGUUGGCGUUCUGUGCAAGACAUGACGCUGCUAAACGCAGAGAAAAAGAUUUCUUCAGCAAACCCGAUCCCUACAUCGACGCAUGGAUGCUGUUAACCGGUCGCGUGCGCAAAGUGUUCGAUGUGAUAAAAUUCGUCAAAGUUCAUCCAGAUGUUGACCAUUUUAUAUUCGCAAUCCGAAGAUGUUUGAAAUGCCCAAUUAUGCGUGAUGAGUGCCCUAUCAUUCAAGCGAAACAGAGUCAAUGA